AUGGAUGCUUGGAGAAAGGGGUGCCAGUUGAGAGUGGGCCAAGAGUCCCAGGAAACAACCCUUGUGCUGGGGUUGAGCCCAUUCCAGAGAGCACAGCCAGCCAGGCCUCUCCAGGACCACAUUGACACCGAGCAGGCUCCAAGGGCCACCAUGAUGCCUGUCCUUGAUUUCCCAUCCUACUCACAUCUGCCCUCCCUUCUGCUGGCUCUGCUGCUGAAACUCACAGGAACUUCAAGUGAAGAUUUCCAGGUGAACCAGCCUGAGAGUUCAGUGUCAGCCAAGGCUGGAGAUGUCAUAACCUUGGGCUGCAACAUUCCUGCACCAUCUCCAGUAGGGCCUGUUUUGUGGUUCAAGGACGCUAAGCUAGAACGAAAAUUAAUCUACAGUUUCAAUGGACGCCGAUUCCCCCGAGUAUCCCAAGUGGUAAAUCCAAUGGCCAACCAAACAGACUAUUCCAUCCGCAUCAAUGAUGUGUCGCCUAAGGAUGCUGGCAUGUAUUACUGUGUGAAGUUAACAAUAGGGCAUCCUGACAUGGCAUAUAUAGCUGGCCCAGGCACCUAUGUGUCUGUGAGUGGAGUCACAAAUGAGAUGUUCAACGUGCAGCAAGCUGAGAUAUCACAGACUGUGUCACCUGGGGAAACACUCACUUUGAGUUGCAGCGUACCAGAUUCAUUUCCAAAUGGACCCGUCUUAUGGUUCAAGGGGACUGGACCAAAUCGUGAAUUAAUUUAUAAUUUCCAAAGGGGUCUCUUUCCCAGAGUAAACCAAGUUGGAAACAUGGCCAAAGCUGGCAACAAAGACUUUUCCAUUCGCAUCAAUGAAAUCUCUCUUAAAGAUGCCGGCACGUACUUCUGUGUGAAGUUCAAAGAGGGAAAACCUGACAUAGAGUACCAAUCAGGUCGGGGCACCAAGGUGACUGUUACUGGAACAAGAAAUAAUUUUGUCCCGGAUACUCCAGGCAGACAUUUUUUGGCCACAAAGGGAACCAACUUGAAUAAAAAUCUACUCUAG